GUGAUCGCGCUCGUCCUCGCGCGUCCCGUCGCGUCGUCCUCGCCGGUCGAGUCGGCUUCGAGCUGUCCCGCUGUCGGGACGAAAACGCACUUCGGCUGCGACGACGGCGUGCGCGCGACGCGACGGGCGUUCGAUAUGUGGGAGCUCGCGCGCGCGUGGACGCCUGGGUUUUGCGCGAGCGCGCCGCGAGCGUGCGAGAAGGGUGAGUGCGCGCGCUCGGCGGCGGAACCGGCGCUGACGCUGCACGGACUCUGGCCGAGCUACUCGACGGCGACGAAGAGCGACGGGCGCGAUGGGUGUUACUGGCCGCAAAAUUGCGUCAAACCGUCGUGGUACCCGUCGAGUGAGAAGUGGACGUACGCGGCGCGCGAGAUACCGAGCGGGGCGGCGGCGGAGAGGAUCGCGCCGGCGUGGACUCGGGACGGUUUGGGCGCGCACGAGUGGGCGAAACACGGAACGUGCGCAUCGUGGAUCGACGUCGAGGGAACGACGCGCGGGAUGACGCAACGCGAGUUCUAUAACGUCACGUUUGCGCUCGCCGAGGCGCUCGGGACGCCGGAAGUUUUGCUGGAGGCGACGGGAUCGGAGCUCUCGUUGGCGGACGCGCAACAGGCGUUCGGCGGCGCGUCCAAAGUCGCGCUCGGGUGCACGAAAUCGUGCGUGCUUCUCCAGGUCGUCCAAUGCUUCAAACGCACUCCAGACGGUGGCGUGGGCGAGGCGGAGGACUGCCCGUGCGUCGGCGUGCGCGACAGUCGAUACGACAACUCGUGCGCCGAGCGAUGCGAACGCGUUCGCGUGCUGUCGCCAGAGCAAACGGGAUGUCACGCCGACAUCGCCUCGCGCGUCGCCAGCGCGCGAUGA